GCGGCGAGGCCGGCCGGGGGGCGCUCUGGACACGUCCCCCCGCCCUUCGCCGGUGCGUGGGGGCAGGGAGAGGCCGGAGCCAGCCAACGCGGAACCCGGCUUCCUGCGAGUCCCUCGGGCGGCCUCCCAGAGCGCCAGCAUGAGCAGCGGCGGCUUGUCCAGCAGCAUUAACUGCGCGCUGCCCACCAUCCCCUCCAGCAAGCUGCCCGACCUGCGCUUCCUCAGCCGGGGCGCCUACGGCACCGUGUCCUCAGCGCGACACGCCGACUGGAGGGUCCCGGUGGCCGUCAAGUGCCUGCAGGGGCCGCUGCUAGACAGUGAAAGAACCAAUCUCUUAAAAGAAGCAGAGAUUUUACACAAAGCCAGGUUCAGUUACAUUCUACCAAUUUUGGGAAUUUGCAAUGAGCCUGAGUUUCUGGGAAUAGUGACUGAAUACAUGACAAAUGGAUCAUUAAACCAACUUUUACAUGGGAAAAAUGUGUAUCCUGACAUUGCGUGGUCACUGCGAUUCCGGGUUUUGUAUGAAAUUGCUUUGGGAGUGAAUUAUCUGCACAACAUGAGUCCUCCAUUGCUGCACCAUGAUUUGAAGACCCAAAAUAUUUUACUGGAUAGCGAGUUUCAUGUUAAGAUUGCGGAUUUUGGUUUAUCGAAAUGGCGCAUGGUGUCCACAUCACAAUCACGAGGUGACAAAUCCCUGCCAGAGGGAGGGACUAUUAUCUACAUGCCACCCGAAGACUAUAAUCCCAAUCAGAAAACCCGUGCAAGUAUAAAGCAUGAUAUAUACAGCUAUGCCAUUAUUAUGUGGGAAGUGAUGUCAAGAAAACAGCCCUUUGAAGAAGUUAUAAACCCCUUGCAGAUUAUGUAUAGUGUGUCACAAGGACAGCGACCAGACACUAGUGAAGAAACUUUAUCAAUAGACAUACCCCACCGAGUGCUGAUAGUAACAUUAAUGGCAAGUGGAUGGGCACAAAAUCCAGAUGAAAGACCUUCUUUUUCAAAAUGCUUAAUAGAUCUUGAACCAGUGCUGAGAACAUUUGAUGAGAUAUCUAUGCUUGAAGCCGUAAUGCUCUUGAAGAGAGAUAAGUCACGAUAUGAGUCACAGUGUAUUCGCGUCAGUCACAAGACAUCCGAUGUGGAGCUGACAUCUGUAAAUAUACCUCUGAAUCUUAGUCCACAGGAGGAAACGUGUGCUCCCUUCCUACAAAGUCAUGUACUCCCACUCCAGAGCAUGUCACCUGAAUUAUCAAGACUCAAGUCUAUACCAAAGUAUAAUAUCCUCUCAACAGGUAAAGACAACAGUUCUGAAGGACCAUGCUCUCUUGUUAGCAUGGAUGAAAAUAUCUCUCCAACCCAGAGUGCUAAAUUGUAUGUGCCCUACCACAGCUACCCUUCCUCAUUUGGUGCAGAUCAUUCAGAUGCAUCAAAUCCUAUGACACACAUGCUGCAGUCAUCAGCACUUACUUCAGAUUUUGCUGUGGAAUCCAUACAACAGGAUGUAGCUCACCAGUGGAUCCAAAUUAGGAGAGAGGACAUUGUCAGCCAGAUGACUGAAGCAUGUCUGAACCAGUCUCUGGAUGCCCUCCUAUCAAGGGAUUUAAUCAUGAAAGAAGACUAUGAACUUAUCAGCACCAAACCUACAAGGACAUCAAAAGUCCGACAAUUGCUUGAUACUACUGACAGCCAAGGAGAGGAGUUUGCUAAAGUUAUAAUACAAAAGUUGAAAGACAAUAAACAGAUGGGCCUUCAGCCUUACCCAGAUAUGUCAUCUGCUUCUAAGACUGCAUCUUUAAAUUUAUCAUAUCAAUAUAAAGCCAUGUAAAUGUUUCCUUACUAGUAGGUUCCUGUUUCUGAAAGGUUACUUUAUAUCUUUAUUGCUUUGGUCUUUAUUGCACUUAUAUAAGGCUGGUAAGCCAAAGAAUUAGAUGUAACUAAGGUUACAUUGUAAGGUUAAAACUAGUCAUUUUGAAGAGCAACUGGAAAGUCAAAUACUUCAUUAGAGUGUAUUUAAGUAUUUUGUUUAUACAUAAAAAGAGAAAAUGUUCCCUAUUUUCUAUUUUAAAUAAUCAUAAUUAUUCCAUUUAUAAAUAUCCUUUAAGUUGUAACUGUCUUAAAAUGAUGGGGAUGCUGCUUACUCACUGUCAUGGUAGGAUUGGUAUAAAAGGAAAAACCCUACAACAAAACCUGUAGAGUUGUGCCAAUGUUUAUUUCUGUUGUAAGCUAUUUUCACAUUACCCUUCUGGGUAGAUUUGUUCCUUCCUAAAGAACAUGCCAUAUGCCUGUAUUUAGAUUUUAAUUUUGCCUCUCCACUCAAGUAGCUAGUAGUGGUAAAUGUAAUGAUACAAGAACUGCACCUGCUCCCAUUUCAGUCAAAGGGAGUGUGACGGGAUCCACAGACCAGCAUGUGAUCUGGUACAACAUUGCUGUCUAACUCAUCUCUUACCUCCACAAGCUUGAUACACAAUCACAUCUGAAAUGUAAAAUGUUGCAUUUGAUCCAUCAAGCUUCUAAUUCCAAUUCAUUUUUAAUGUCUACAUAACCUGCAGUAAGCACUGAUUUUAUGUGGUGUAUAAAGAUCAAGUAUAUGCUGCCCAGGUGAGUUAGCAGUAACACAAAAAACACACAUGACCUCCUUUGACACGCAAGCACUGAGAGAGCUAAUGUCCUUACUUCCUGGAGGAAAAGUGUGGUGUGCUGAUCUGUAGCAAUCCCCUUUGGACAGAGUAAAUAUCAGCACUGAAAACAGUGGCGUUCAGCACUUCUGUAGCUGAGAGGGCAGCUCCAGUCAGGCCAAUGGGGCCGUGCGGGUGGCGGGGGGGGAUUCUGUGCCUGCUUGAGGCUUUCAGUUUGGCGGGCAAUGCCCCUUCUUACCCCCAUUUCCCCUCAAACAACACCCUUGAUGUUCUGCCUUUCUUGUCUGAGGGAAGGCCAUUGUUGAGGGAGUGUGGCCAGUCUGACAGGAGGAAUCUGAUUUUUGUUUUAAUUCUCUUUAGCACAUUUAAUACAGUGAACAGUUAUAAAUCCAAUUUAUAGCUUUUUAAUUUUCUUGGGUGCAGCAUAUACACACCAUCUACAUUUUACAGCAGUAAGAAGUUGAGUUCAGUUAUGCUGUGCACUGAAUGCCAUUGGCACUAAUAAGAAUUUUGCAAUUGAAAAUCCCACCUCCCCAUCCACGAGGGUUACAAGUAGCAUGAGUAGUUUCCUGCCCUUGUCAUAAAAGCCAAAUCAAUUAAGAAUCCAAAUUAUUGAUAUUUGAAAAUCUUGGAGGAUGAGCCAGGGACUGAUCCAUUUCAAACUAGUUCAAGGUUUAAAUUGCACAUCACUGCUUGCCUAUGUGUUUAAACAUUGCAGUGAUAUUUUAGUAUCUGUCUUAACUUGUUUUGUGAACUCAGUCACUAGAAUGUGAUGCAUAAUUUACUGUAAGCUUUUGCAGACUUUACUAGGUAAAUUCACAUUUUUGCAGUAAAUUGGAAUUUUGCAUUUCAACCCUGUUUCUGUGCAGAUAUUAAAACUUGUUACCAAUGUAAAAGUUCUAACUGGCGCGCAGACAGCACAUCACAGGACAAUGCCAAGCUCCCAUGUGCAUGCUUUUUAUAGAAUAGAUUUGAAGAUGACCUCGUGGAAUACGGCCAUAGUGAGCUCUGCCAGUCUUGCCUAGUGAUGCCAGACGUACAUAAUGUCCAUGCAAUGUGCUUUUUUUUAAAUGCAAGACAGUUGUACCAAUAAAUAAUUGCAAAUCCUCUUUUUUUAGGUUCAUCCUAUACCAGGGGUAGGCAACCUAUGGCACGCAUGCCAAAGGCGGCACGUGAGCGGAUUUUCAGUGGCACUCUCACUGCCUGGGUCCUGGCCACCGGUCUGGGGGGCUCUGCAUUUUAAUUUAAUUUUAAAUGAAGCCUCUUAAACAUUUUAAAAACCUUAUUUACUUUACAUACAAUAAUAGUUUAGUUAUAUAUUACAGACUUAUAGAAAGAGACCUUCUAAAAACUUUAAAAUGUAUUACUGGCACGCGAAACCUUAAAUUAGAGUGAAAAAAUGAAGACUUGGCACACCACUUCUGAAAGACUGCCGACCCCUGUCCUAUACUAUAAAAUUGUGAUAGGGACCCAGCAGCACUUCAGACACAGAGAUGAGCAGUGCCAAAUAUCUAGAAAAAUCAGUAAUUGACUGUACCGGAUAUAUUGCUUUCAAAUUCAAGAGCAAGUUGAGGACAGUGCUAAAUGAUAAUGAGUAAAUUCAAAGUGGACUGGAACAGUAAAGUGAGAAAAGAAAUAUUGUAACCCUAGGUGUCACCUGCAUGCCUGGAUAUUGCUUCCAUUUUUCCAUCCCCGGCUCCUUCCCAUUCAUUCGUUAAUGGUUUUACCUCUGGGUCUCAGUCUUGUCCUCUGAAAUGAUGCAGGAUGUCUUGAUUUUUAUAAAAUAAAUUCCAUGAAUGGGCAUUGCUAAAUAAAUGGUAAAAACAG